UGCGAAUCUGCACACAACAGCACACGGAACUGAUUAGCAGCUUGCUGCCGGCGCGAAGAACCAGAUGAUAAACCGCAUUCUACCGUUAUUCUCCCUGGUAACGGUGAUCUCCGCUGCGUGCCCUCCGAACGCCGAUGCAAACGUUCGUCGGAUCCUUAUCGAUCAGGACGCUGGUGGAGAUGACGCCUGGGCCUUACUGAUGCUACUCAUGAACGAAGGGGAGUACAACGUUUGCGUGCAAGCCAUCACCUGCACGCAUGGCAACACGGAUAUCGACAAUGUAGCUAUGAAUGUUGCCCGCACGCUGGCAGCACUGGAUCGAAGCGACGUACCCAUGUACAGGGGAGCGAGCGAACGGUUGAUAACUCCAGCCCCUGAUCGGGAUGGUUCCGGGUACUUUUGGGGAAUGAACGGUUUCGGAGAUGUCCGGUUCAACAGCACUCCCAGUUUGGCAGCGAUUCCCGAGGAUCACGCCGUGAUGCAGAUGCAUGAACUGCUACAGAAGUAUCCGCAACAAAUCACGAUACUUUGUACGGGUCCGCUGACGAAUUUGGCCUUACUGUUCAAAUUGUUUCCGGAAGUGAAAGGUAACAUUGCGGAUAUUUUCAUCCUGGGCGGUAAUCGGUACGGAGUCGGUAAUACGGAUUUCACGGCGGAGUUUAACUUUUAUGACGAUCCCGAAGCUGCCAAUAUCGUAGUGAAUAACGCCCCGGUGGUGUUGAACAUCUUUCCGUGGGAAACGAUUCUUGAUUUGGAGCGCGUGUUUCCGACCCAGUGGCGGAUGGAAUCGUUUCGGGAGCCUAGGAACGAAGCGAUCGCGAUGCUGAAUGCAGUGGAGGCGGUGGUUUAUGCCAAUAUCACCGGCUGGACUCCGUGUGACAUGUACCUGGCGGCUGUUGUGUUGGAUCACGGCUUGAUAAGGAAGUCAGUUCAAUACAGGGCGGAUGUGGAACUGAACGGGAAGAUCACCCGUGGUAUGCUGGGAAUUUUGUAUCACGAGCAUGAUGAAGAUCAGUUCAAUGUGAAUAUCAUCGACGGAGUUGACGAAGACACGUUAAAGCAGAUGGUGGUGGAUUUGAACAGAGGAGCCGACGAGAAUGGUGUAGACGUCCGGCCGUACCGGGACAGGUUGAUGGCUGGUUUGAAAUUCAAAGGGAUUUGA